UACUUUUGCUGCACUGCGCUUUAUUUCUCUUCGAUACUCGCUAAUUGUACGAGCUGUCCAUGCGACCGGCAAAGAAGGCGAAGUGUCGGGUAAAGCCGCCACUACCGAAUCGCAGGCGCAGUCACUCCCUGCCACUCUCAGUCCGCCACUUUCUUUCAAAACCAACCCCUCCCUACCAACCUUAAACUUGACCACUACCAACCUAUAGCGGUGGAGGAGUCCAUAAGACUCCCACGUUCGUUCCCCCGUAACCGCCACCUUCACUCCUCGCCAACUGCUGCUUGUUUCUGAUUCGUUGGGAACCCAUACUGGUGGCAGGAAAGACCGGCUUAACGAUAGGGAAGAUGGGAUGGAGAAGAAAUCAACAUCAUCAACAGCAGCAAGAACAAGAACGACGAAAGCAGGAGGAGAAUAAGACGAAGAAGGCUAAGAAGAAGAAGAAGAAGAAGAAGAAGCUGACCUCGACUUCCUCGAGCUUUUCUUUCUCCAGCGUUCUUCCUUUCUCUUGGCUCGCUAAACUCAAGCCCAAGAGAAGAACCGCACCCGUUGUCGUGCCACCUGGCGCCGUCUUCACCCCUCCGUCUUCUCCUUCCCCGCCUGAUCCCCAGCUCGAUCCCCUCGCCUACUGCUCCGCCGCCCCCGGCCGCCUCUCCGUUGGGGAGGAUGGCGGUGGCUCCCGACCGAGGAUCACUCCCGCGGCGGCGCGCCAGCGGUCCGCCCGGCACCACUCGGUGGGCGAUCUCGAGAUCACCCUUGGCCACAUCAUCCCGUUCUCCCGGCGGUCCACGAGGCGGUGGGUCGAGUCGGACUCCGGGAGCGACGCGUCGGGGUGCGAUCUCGGCCUCGGCCGGCGCCCCCCGCGGCCGCGGCGGAGCACGAGGACCACGGUGGUAUAUACUUCGGAUCAGCGGGUCGACACCGAUGGCAGGGAUGGGCUCCCACGGCGAUCGUUCGGCGGGAAGAUCCAGCAUAGAGCCAAGGUUAGGGUACGCUCGCCGCGCGCGGCAGCGGCAAAGGCGGAGGUGGAGAGGAUAAAGGCGGCUGCGAGGAGGGCGGAGGGGAAGAGGAAGGGCUUGGAGAGGUUCGCGGUCGUGAAGUGCUCGCGCGACCCGCAGAGGGACUUCAGGGAGUCGAUGGUGGAGAUGAUACGGCAGAAAGGGAUCGGACGGCCGGAAGAGAUGGAGAGCCUGCUCGCCUGCUACCUCUCGCUCAACUCCGACGAGCACCACGACGUCAUCGUCAAAGUGUUCCGCCAGGUCUGGUUCGAGUUGAGCCAGAGUCCAAUUGACGGCAUUGAUGGAUCCAGUGACCAAUGUUGAUCAUCUUGAUCGCCUCUGCAUUCUGAUGACAUCUAGACAUCAAUAAAGACACGUUUCCAUUUUCCA